GCUGCCCCCGGCCGCGCGCGUCGGAGAGCUCGGGCCGCCUGGAGCUCCGAAGUCCUCGGCUGCCUCCGCCCAGGGAGAGCCGUCACCGCCCUCCUCCCCGCGCCGGCGGCCCGGCCAGGACUGCAGGGCCGGAAGCCGGGGCCGGUAUGGCCUCAGCGGGGGCCUGGGCGGCCCUGGCGCCAGGCUGUUCGGGUGGCUGAGAGAGCGCAGCCUGGGCCGCGGGCUGUUCGUGGACCCGGCGCGGGACAAUUUCCGCACCAUGACUAACCUUUAUGGUUCCAUCCACCCCGCGGACUCAGUGUACCUCAGCACCCGCACCCACGGUGCAGUCUUCAACCUCGAGUACUCGCCGGACGGGUCAGUGCUGACAGUUGCUUGUGAACAGACUGAAGUUCUGCUUUUUGACCCUAUAUCUUCAAAGCACAUAAAAACACUUUCUGAAGCUCAUGAAGACUGUGUAAAUAAUAUCAGAUUUCUUGAUAACCGGCUGUUCGCUACCUGCUCUGAUGACACUACAAUAGCACUAUGGGAUCUGAGAAAAUUGAACACGAAAGUAUGCACUUUACAUGGUCACACUAGCUGGGUGAAGAACAUCGAAUAUGAUACUAAUACACGACUCUUAGUAACAUCAGGAUUUGAUGGAAAUGUCAUUAUUUGGGACACUAACAGGUGUACAGAAGAUGGGUGUCCACAUAAGAAAUUCUUUCAUACACGUUUUCUCAUGCGAAUGAGAUUAACACCAGAUUGUUCCAAAAUGUUGAUCUCAACAUCCUCUGGAUACCUCUUGAUUUUGCAUGAUCUUGACUUAACCAAGUCUUUAGAAGUAGGCAGCUAUCCCAUUUUGAGGGCAAGAAGAACUACUUCAAGUUCAGAUUUGACCACUUCGUCCAGUUCAUCCGGUCCUAGAGUUUCUGGUUCACCUUGUCAUCAUAGUGAUUCUAAUUCAUCUUCUGAGAAGCUCAUGUCACGAGCCUCUCAAAGAGAAGGAGUGUCACCACGAAAUAGUCUUGAAGUCUUAACUCCUGAAGUUCCUGGUGAGAGAGACCGUGGAAACUGCAUCACAUCCCUACAGCUGCACCCAAAAGGCUGGGCCACUCUUCUGCGGUGCUCAAGCAACACUGAUGAUCAGGAGUGGACUUGUGUCUACGAAUUCCAAGAAGGAGCUCCAGUGCGACCUGUCUCACCUCGCUGUUCUCUACGACUGACUCAUUACAUUGAAGAAGCCAAUGUAGGCAGGGGUUAUAUCAAAGAACUUUGUUUCAGCCCUGAUGGGCGAAUGAUUUCUUCCCCACAUGGCUACGGGAUUCGCUUGUUGGGAUUUGACAAACAGUGCAGUGAACUUGUUGACUGUUUGCCCAAAGAAGCCAGUCCCCUGCGGGUGAUCCGUUCUCUGUACUCUCAUAAUGAUGUGGUACUGACAACAAAGUUCUCUCCAACACAUUGUCAGAUUGCCUCAGGGUGCCUUAGUGGACGGGUUUCUUUGUAUCAGCCAAAGUUUUAGGCACAACUUAUAUCAAAUAAGGAACAAUUCUGGUGUUUGACUAUAAACUACUUCAAUUUAAGUGAAGUAUUUGCUUUUUAGAAGAUCUUAUAAGUUUGGGUCAAGAUUCUGGUUCUUAUUGGUCCGUGAACACACCUGUGACCUGAGUACUUGGUCAUCCAGCAUCAUACAGACAUCUCCAAGUUAGACUCUAUGCAGCGUCAUCCUUCUCAGCAUUCCUCUGCUCCUGCUGACCUGUGCCACUGAACUCCAGGUUUUCUGGUUAUUUUGCAUGGUAGCUCUUAUCAAGUUCCUUCCUCCCUUCCUUCCUCUCUUCCUCCAUUCUUUUCUCUCUCCUCCCUUCCUCCCUUUUUGUUUUUUGAUUUUGGUAUGAAUUUUGUGGACAUAUAGCAGGAGUUUUGGUUGAGAUAGAGAGACCCGUGACAUUAGUAUUGAAUAAAAUCCAGAAGUAUGAUGUUGGCAUACUGGUUAUUGAAAAAGAAAUUUCAUCUUUACUUAUCAGUAUACUUGGCCUUUUAAAGUUGCUGUUAACAUUUCUCUAUAUUGAGCACAAAUAAUGGUAUUAUUCUCGUAACUGUUAGAUAGUCUUGCAACAAAAUGUCUUAAAUUUCCUGUUAAAAUUAUACAGAUUUUUUUUCAUGAUGAGAGGGAUUUUGUUGUGAAAUUCUAGAAAAAAUAUUACCUUCUCUCUUUGUAAUUUACUUUACUUGUAUGAAUUCAAAAUCUGUAGCAUGUGUCCUUACUUGGUAUUUUGUUUCUAUCAAUAGCAUUAGAAAGAAAAGGAGGAGAUGGAAUAGACUUUGGUCAUUUCUAUUGUACAGAAAAGGAUUUAUUUAUUAGAUUAGUACAAUGUCUGGCCACAGAAUGAUGAGAACAAUGUGACUUAGAUCUGUGUUUUCUCUACCAGAUUAUUUGAAUCACACAGGCUGAUGUGUUAACAGUAUUGCGAUCGAGGGGGAAUAGAGUAAAGGGGUGGUGUUUUACUCAUCUUUCUUCCUUAAGCCAGGUGUCACAAGCUGAACUUUCUUAACCAUUAGUGAGGGAAGAACUGCAGUCCUCUUCAAGCUGUUGUCAUAAUUGUGGUAGUCAGUGACUUAGAUAUCAAGACUAAAUGUUGAUAAGAAGACCUUUUUUUGUGUUUUGUUAUGGAACACAGCAGAUUAAAAGCAUCAAGCUGGGGUCAAGUACAAGGCAACUGCUCUGUUGAAUAAGCAUGUUUCUUCCAGUCUCCUCCACAUUGAAUGGAAUUGUGUUUAGAAGGGGUUUGCCAAAGGCUGGAGUAAUUUAAGCCAUGUGCUAGUCCUCCCCUCUUACGUCCAUCCUCUUUAGGCCAGUGAUUCUCAAACAUUAGGGUGCAUUAUAAUCAUUGAGGAGCUUGUGAAAAAUGUAGAAACCUGGGCCUCACCCUAGGAAAUUCUGAUUCAGCCAGGGAGAAGACAAGAAUAUGUAUUUUUAACAGGAACCCGUUAUUGAGGUGGUCUCUGGAUCAUAGUUUGAAAAACACAACCUUAAACAGCAGUAAGUACUUCUAUAACCAUCUGGUGCUUAACAAAAUUCCCAGAAAGUGUUUUGAUUAUUUAAAAAUAAUAAUAUUAAGUGAACAAUUUUAAAGGUAGAAAAUAACUUGGAGUGGAAUCAGUUGCAUUAUUUGACAAAUGAGGGAAGUUAAGUGAUUUGCCUAAGGUCAUGCUGCAAACAAAGUGGCAGAACCAGUCUCCUAAUUCUUUGCUCAGGACAAUUUCUACUGUAUUAUGGUGACUCUUAAAAACAAUAACUUAUGAAAACUUUGUCUUUAAGUUGUAUUAUUGUGAAUACCCUUAAACUAGCCAAUAGACUGAAAAAGGAAAGCAUAGGAGUAGAUGCUGAGAAUUCCAGCCGUAAGAAAAGUAUUUUAAAUCUUACAGAAAUGUUUAAAUACAUGAAUAAAAUAGACAUUUCUUUGUAGGACCUACUGAACAGCCAUUCACACACAUAUACAAGGUUAUAUCCUAAUUGGAACAGUGUUUGGCUCCAGGACAAAUUUUAAAAUUAGAUCAUUUUACUAUGGAUGUUAAAAAAUUGAAAGCUUUCUAGUCAUUGAAAAAUUUAACAAAGCACAGUGAAUAUAUAGGCUUGCUGUGAACUUUGCAAAAAAUAUAUAUUUAAAAGAAAAUAUAGUUUUGGAGGUAAAAACACCCAAACAAUGUUAUCAUUAAAAAUAAGGUUAAAUAUGUACAAUAAAAAAUAAGUAAGCUACCAAAUAUAAUGACCAUACUGAUAUUCAAAGGAAGAUUUUGUAAAUUCUGUCAACUUUGGAAAGAGUUCCAGAUCAGAUGCCGGGCCCACAUGUUGCCCAACUCUAAAUUUAGCCAACAAUUCUUUAACUACCAUAGAGUACCUAUUAUAUGUCAAAUAAUGUAUGUGCUUUACUACUAACCCUCACAAAAACCUUCCAAGGUAGGUGGAAUGAGCCCCAAUUUACUUUGGAGGUAAUGAUGGGUCAGAAAGAUUAAGUGACAUGCCUUAAGUUACAGAGUUGGCAGUGGGUGGCAGCACUAGAAUUCAAACCCAAGUUUGUUUUUUUGUUUAUUUUAGUCCAAAGUCUCUGCUUACUACUCUACCGUUUUGCCCUUUAGUUUGUAAAGGAUGGCAAACUAGCCUGUUAAUUUGUUUAGUAUCUUCUGAAGUUUUUUUAUUACGAAGCUGGCUUACUUUCUGUACCGUGUAAAAGAACAUUUACAAGAUUGAUAAUUUACGUGAGAAUUAAUAUCAUAAACUCAGGGCAUAUAUGAAGUCCAUUCCUAACUAAAAAACCUCAAGCAGGUUAAGCAACUAUAAAAUAGAAAAGAACAAUGGAGGAUAAAUAUCCUUGUAUGAAAAUAGAGCCAUGUAGAUGAGAAUUAAAAAUUAACAGCCAGCAAAUUCAACAAUUUUGUUCUCCUUGAGGUAUGGUUAUGAUCAAAUAGUCAUCAGGGAAUAUUAAUCAAGGAAUUAAAGGGAAUCAGGAAUGCUAUUCUAUUGGAGGAAAUUACAUAUUACCAUUUCAAGGUCCCAUUUCACUUACAGUAUAAAAUCUAAUCUGAUGGGUUUUUUCUCUAAAUUUUAUUCAGUUGUUUUUAUUCAUGUUAAUUGGUUAAAUGUAUUAUAAUUGGUAAUGUAGUGUAGUUGUUGGUAAAUGUAGUAUAAAUUGUUCUCCUGUUUUAAAAAGCUUUCUGCAGAACAGAAUGUUUACAGCAAUGCUAUGUUGAAAGAGUUAGGAACAUCAAAUAUACAGUACUUCUUUAUUUUCAAUUUUGAAAAUGAAGUGGCUAAAGCAGAAGAGACCUCUAUUUUAGUCUUUUUUAAAUGUCUGUGGUCUUUUUUCUCAGAAACCCAAAACACAUGCAUAUUUAGUUAUUUCUUCUUGUUACAUCCCUGAGAAGAGGCUAUGCCAAAAAUUUUAGGAAAACAAGCAGGGAAGUAACGUUUCCCGCUCAUAUGUCUAGAACUAAGAUCACAUUACAUCACUGUAAAAGUUGUGUUCUCUAGAAAGUGCAAUAUAGGGAAGAUACUGAGAAUCUUUUAGAAGCCUAGUGUUUCCCAUAUUUGUCAGAAUAUAUGGUACUGGCAUCCUUAAAUAUCUGUUAAACUUGCGUUUAGCAGGAGAAAUAGUCUGAUAAUUUACUGGUGACAAUCAUCCCUGUUUAAUGACCAGCAGUCACUGAAUGCUGUGAAAAUUCACUCAGUAAUACUUUGUGUUGGUCAUGAAGGAAACCAUAUGUAUGAAUUUUUGGAUAACUAAUGUGUAUCUCUUAAGUGCCAAAAUUUAAAACUUGUAAUUAUUUUUGAUGCAAGUCUUUUAGGUAUGUUAGUAUACCUCCCUGCCGCCUUAAACAGCAUGCUCAGUGGAAUUCACUUUUUCGUGAUGAAAAGUUAAAAGUUAUAUUCAUAAUGUUACAUUAUUACAAAUAUCUAGUGGAUUCUGAUGUAUAUAAAAGCUCUGAUGUAUAUAAAAUACUUCAUCAAAAGUAAAGGGCUAUAACAAAUAUGAGUUAUUAAUGUCUAUUAUAGGGAGAUUUUCUCAGCCCUGAGGUAUAUAUAAUCAUUUACCUCAGAUUGCUUUUUUUUUUGCCAAGUAGUUUGUUCCAUCUCUUCCCAUACUGUCAGUAUGCCUGGUUCUGUCAGGUUCCCUGCUUUCUUUUUUUCCCCACCCACUUUCUUUAAUGUGCUGUGUUUAUCUGUUAUGAGCUGGGGCAUGUGAUAACCAAGCCUGUUCAGAGUAUCUAAAGUAAGAGCUGGACAAACUCUGUGUACACAGUCUUAGAGGCAGCUCUUUUGGUUGCUUUCUGCUUUUCUGACGGCUUCACAAUAACCUUCUGGAUAAUAGAAGCUCCCAAUUAAAGCCUGGGCUAGUGAUUUUUUCAGUUGCAACUAAGUAAGAUACUAUGAACUAAGGAUGCUGCUAGAUUAAAAAAUAAACAGCAAUGUAACAAAGUACAGCAAAGCAACAACAAAAUCUCUGUGUUUGUACAGGAGUCUUUCAUGCUUUCAAGAAAAAAGCAGUCCAUUAUUGCUGUCUUGAUUACAUAGAAAAAAACCAGAAGACUGCAGGAAAUAAAAAAAAACAAUGAAAAUAAAAUCUAGAUAGACUCAAGAGUAUUUGAUGCCAUUAAACUUUGUCAAUAACCAUUAAAAUAUAUACUUGAAUUAUCACAUGUUGUACAAAGACAGGUUAGGCUCAUUAGAGAAUAAGAUUGUACUAAAAUUUAUAUUCUAGAGAUGAUUCUAAAUGAUGUCUUAAGAAUUUUUCCCAUUCAAAUGAUAAUUAUUAUCAAAAGGAAAGUCUCAAAUUUACCUUUAUGCUGUAAAUGUGAUAGAGAUAUGGGUUUUAUCAAAAGCCCCAAAGAACACAUCUCAUAUAUAUAAACCUCUCAUAUGUAUAUAAAUGUCACUAUAAAUGAAAAUACCACCUGGAGAUAAUAAAUUUUUAAAAUUUAAAUCUGGCCCAAAGUCUUUAAAAUAGGCAGAAUUUUCAGCUUUCCUAAGUUUCUUCCUCAUUUACAUUUCUUGGUUUUUAGAUUAAAGGGUGAAUAUUUGAAUUUUCUUUUAAAUUUCACUGUAUCUUUCAUUUCCAGACUGUGCUUUCUGGUAAAAUUUAGAGUCACAUUUUCAGGAAAUUUGGAGUGUUCUAAAUAAUAUACUAGAUACCCCGAAAGUUUUCUCAGUAGGUUGUGAGGUGCUGUAAGUUGUUAUGCUAGACUGUAAGCUCCUUGAGGGCAGGUACUGUCUUAUUUAUUGUAUCCCGAGUGCCUGGCAUAGGACCUGACACAGAGUAGUUCAAUAAAUAUUUGUUGAGUGAAUCAAAUGAACCUUUCCCAUAUGUGGCCUCAAGCUCCCAUGAAGCCAGAAUGCAGUGUGCAAAUUAUUCAGUACUAGAGGAUUCUAUCAUUUACUGUUAUAAUUAACAGACUAUAUUCCUCAGGGUAAGAUUUGUUCUGACAAUAAGUAAACAUUUCUCAUUGAUUUGGAAAACUGUAAGACUCAAUUUUUCAUUCAACAAACAUUUGAGUCCUGUUAUAUGCCUAGGCUAGUACUGGGGACUAAAGGGACAAAAAUAACUAAAGUCUUGGUAUUCCAUAGCUGCAGUUGAAAUAGACUUAGAUUCAGGGCUGGCUUUAUGGGUAUUGGACUUGUACAGUUAUAUAGGGCCCCACACUUAGAAAGGCGCUGUGCUUGGUUUAAUGCUGCGCUGUAACCAUCUUAAAAUUCUUAAUUUUUUGAACAAAGGGCCUGCAUUUUUCUUUUGCACUGGGCUCACAAAUUAUAUAGCUGGUCCUGCUUAGAUGUUAUCAUUUUGACAUGAUGGAAACAAAAUAAUGAGUUAUAGUAUCUUUCACCUACUGUCUAGUGGAUAUUCACAUUCAUUGAAAACUAGCUACAAAGUGCAUGAUUUAGUAAAAUACCUUCUAAAAUCUAAAUUUAAAACAAAACAUUUCCUUCCCACAAUUUUUUUGACAGAUUAGAUGUCCUUUAUUUCAGGAUUAGAAAAGUUUUCUAAAAAUGUAAUUGACUUUUCACCUUUUCAGUUGAAUUGUUUUGAGUCUUUCAAAUGGAUGAAGGUAGAUUUGUAGGUGAUGAGUUUAUCUAUAUACAUACACGUACAUGGAAUUUUAAGGUUUUAAUAAACCUUUACAUUAUAUAUACACUAAAAAUUUUGGUGUAAGUCUACCUCAUAAUGUGCUUUUAAAAAAUAAAUGCUACUUUGAAACAUUUGA